AAAUACAUUUUGUCACGCAAUUCCUAUCACCUUUCUUUAGCAAAGAAAGAACAUACACAGGUGUAUUAUCGCUGACCUAAUUUCCAAAUUUUGUGUGAUAAAGUUAGUAUAAAAGCAGUAGAAAUUUUGGUUAAGUCAUCAUUUCUUUUGAGUAAGAAAAUUUAUUACAAACAUGUCUCGCUUUGCUUUCCUCGUGUUGUUUGUCCAGGUUUGUCUGAUCCAGACUGCUCUGUGCGGGCUCUCGUGUGGUAAUCAGAUCUCUUACGCGCCCUCUGGUUGCGGACUCGGCGGACUAGAGCAAGUCAUCGAGAAGUACAGUGUUAGUGCACCCAGCAGCGUUAGUGCAUAUGAGUACAGUGCACCUAGCGUCAGCUACAGUGCGCCUAGCGUCAGCUACAGUGCACCUAGCAUCAGCUUGAGUGCGCCUAGCGUCAGCUUGGGUGCAUCUAGCAUCAGCAGCGGCUACGGUGCGUCGUACGGCGGUGUGGGUUUCGGAGUCGUGAGAGCUGAAGGCCUCAUCGGUGCGUCCGGCACCACGGCCGUCGCCGGAUCCGUGCCGGUGGCCGGCACGGUGGCGUUCAGUGGCACAGCUCCGGCGAGGGGCUCCGUAUCCAUCCAGGGCCAAUGCGGGUGCGGUUGCAAUGAUGUUAAACAAAAAUUGGUCCAACGAUGCUAA